GAGGGGAUUGGCGCUGAUCUUCUCUUUCUGGAGCACGUCCUGACCUCCUUUGUCAUCCAAAGCUUUCCCCUCUGUUCCUGAGAGGAGGGAUGGCCGCAAUGGGGAACGACUCCCUCAUUGCCAAGGGAAUGGCUCCACAACAAAGGAUCCUCUUUCCCCCGGAGAAGAUUUGCAUGGAUUGGCAGCGAAGACAGAGAGCUGGAGCGGGACUGCACAACCUGGGCAAUACGUGCUUUGUCAACUCCGUCCUGCAGUGCCUGACGUACACAGCCCCUCUGGCCAACUACCUGCUCUCUCGUGAGCACAGCCAUUCGUGUCGUCAGCAAGACUUCUGCAUGAUGUGCAUAAUGGAAGCGCACGUUAACAAGGUCCUGCAUUCCUUAGUCAGUGCCAUCCAGCCUAGGGCUGUCAUCAACGUCCUCACACAACAUUUCCAGCUUGGCAGGCUGGAAGAUGCCCACGAGUUCCUCCGCUAUACUGUCGAUGCCAUGCAGAGAGCUUGUCUGAGCGGAAGCAGCGAAUUGGACAUGUCUUCUCAAGCAACUACCAUCAUCCAUCAAAUAUUUGGGGGCUUUCUGAGAUCCAGAGUCACGUGCUUGAGCUGCAAAGCAGUUUCUGAUUCCCACAAGGCUUUCCUGGAUGUCGCUUUGGAUAUCCAGGCAGCCUCAUCUGUCACUGCAGCUCUGGAGGACUUUGUGAAACCCGAGCAGCUGGAUGGUGAAAACUGCUUUAAAUGUAGCAAGUAA